AUGCAAGUGCCCGGGGCCCUGAGUUUGGAUCUGCCGAAGGCGGCCGGCGAGGCACCGGCAUCGGCGGAAUCCGCCCCGCUUGACCGGGCAUACCUACAACACUUCGAGGCCAACAUCAACGCCAUCACCAAGCUCGAUCACAUUCUUACGGAGUCGCUGAAGCUCAGUGUCUUGGCUUCCGAGAUGAACGCGUUGGAAAAACGUCUCGCAAGCUCCGACGAGAUUGCCGCCAGCUACGUCGAUCGCGUGACCACAGAGGAGAUUCUCCUUGAGGAUACGGGCGCACCCGAAAACCUCUCUCUCGACACUGGCUCCACGCGUGGGCUGCUGGACGAGGCUGUAAUCGCCGCCAGAGCACAGUUGCUAGAAGAGUGUGCCUCUGCUCGUGUGGACGCGGAUCUGAAGACGUCCGCAAAGAAGACCCAGCGCUCGUUCAAGCGCACUGGCGCAGCUGACGCGAAGGAUUCCAAGCGGAGAAAGACCGAUGAUCCCGACGCAACAGAGGAGUUCGACGCAAACAAUUCGCAUGUCCAAGACGCCAAGGAUCCAGGGAGACUCAGAAUCAGACUCUCCUUGAAAGAUUGCAAUAUGGAUGCGGCAAUGCUGUCUGCAGAGCCGGCAUCGUCCUCCGCCACCUCCUCGAAGGAUGGUAAAGUGUCACCUUCAAAAACAAGAGAGAUGAAGUCUAUGAUCAAGCUCUAUGACAACACGUUCCUCGGGAUCUGGAGGGACUUGUCGCGGAAGGACGGCCCGAAAGUAUCUCGUUUGAUGCAGCAGUCAAAUCAAGCAAGAUUAAUCAACAUGAGAAAAACCGCUGUCCUUGCCUCAAGAGAGGCCAAACGUUGGCAAAUGAAAAGCAAUAAGAAUCAGAAGGACUUGACUUCAAAAGCCCGGAGGGCCAUGAGAGAAAUGUUCAACUUCUGGAAGCGGAACGAGCGUAUCGAGCGUGACGCACGCAAGAAGCAUGAGAAGGAUUUGAUAGACAAGGCCAAGAAAGAGGAAGAAGAUCGUGAGUCCAGAAGGCAGUCCAGAAAGUUGAAUUUCUUGAUUACACAAACCGAGUUGUACUCCCACUUCAUCAGCAAAAAAAUCAAGACUGACGAAAUCGAAGGCUCUGAUGCCGAUCCGCGUUUCAAAGAUACGCCCGAGAACCAAUUAGACAAGUACCACGGUGUCGAAGGAAAACAAACAGAUAUUAACUCUCUCGAUUUUGAUAGUGAGAACGAAGAGGAGUUACACAAAGCCGCUGCCGCUAACGCUCAAAAUGCUUUGAACAGUGCAAAAUCGCGUGCCGAGACAUUUGAUGACUCGUUCAGGAAUCCGGAUACCAAUGGCGAGGAAAUGAACUUCCAGGACCCAACCAUGCUUGGAGACUUGAGCGCUGAACAGCCAAAAAUGUUGAAGUGUACUCUAAAAGAGUAUCAGAUCAAGGGCCUCAACUGGUUGGCCAAUUUGUAUGAACAGGGUAUCAAUGGUAUUCUCGCCGACGAGAUGGGAUUGGGUAAGACUGUUCAAAGUAUCUCGGUUCUCUCUUACUUGGCGGAGGCCCACAACAUCUGGGGCCCUUUCUUAGUGGUCACUCCUGCAUCGACCUUGCAUAAUUGGCAGCAAGAAAUUUCCAAGUUUGUUCCUGGUUUUAAGGUGCUACCAUACUGGGGAAGUACCAAGGAUCGUAAAAUUUUGAGAAAAUUUUGGGACAGAAAAAGUCUUCGCUAUGGGAAGGAUGCUCCGUUUCAUGUGUUGGUCACAUCUUAUCAGCUUGUGGUCGCAGACGCUGCGUACUUUCAAAAAAUGAAAUGGCAGUACAUGAUCUUAGAUGAGGCACAGGCAAUCAAAUCAUCUCAGUCAUCCAGAUGGAAGUCCUUGCUUAGUUUUUCCUGUCGUAACCGGCUAUUGCUCACAGGAACCCCGAUUCAAAACUCAAUGCAAGAGUUGUGGGCAUUGUUGCACUUCAUCAUGCCAUCAUUGUUUGACUCCCACGAUGAAUUCAGUGACUGGUUUUCCAAAGACAUUGAAAGUCAUGCACAGUCCAACACACAACUCAACGAAGAGCAGCUUAAGCGUUUGCAUGUUAUAUUGAAACCUUUCAUGUUGAGGCGUGUGAAGAAAAAUGUGCAGAGUGAGUUGGGUGACAAAUUAGAAAUUGACAUCUAUUGUGACUUGACCAAUAGGCAAAAGAAAUACUAUCAAAUGUUGAAAUCCCAAAUUUCUCUUGUGGACUUGCUUACAAAUUCAGGAAAUGAUGAAAACAAUCAGUCUUUGAUGAACUUGGUUAUGCAAUUCAGGAAGGUUUGUAACCAUCCCGAUCUAUUUGAAAGAGCAGAUGUUCACUCUAGUUUUGCUUUCGGAAAAUUUGCUGAGACUGGAUCUUUUUUGAGAGAGACUGAACUUGAGGUGGCAUACACGUUAGAAAAUUCCAUUGGGUUUGAAAUUCCUCGUCGGGUCUACGAUGACUUGCUUGUUCCAAGCAUGAACAAUACUAUUGGUACCCGCAACAAAAUCAUGGAGAAGUUCAGCAUUUAUAAUCCUGAAAAUGUUUUGGACGACAACCUCCAUAACUUUGGCUGGUUGGAAUUCACUGAUACAUCUCCUUCUGAAUUCAAAAAACUAUCCACGCAAAACGUCAUUGAAAGAGCCAUUGAUAGGCGAGAGUAUACUGAUAUCAAUUACGGACGUCUCAAUCGUUUCAAGUAUAUGUACGGAGACAGUGAUGGAUUUGUGCCCAAACAUUGCCAAUUUCUCAUUACUGAACUUGAAAACAACUUCUGUCUGGUGACCAAUUCUACGCACUUGAAGGAGCUUCACUCCAUUCCCUUAAAAAAUUACGAGGAAAUGUAUUUGAAUGUGCAACAGCCAGCAGCCAAACCAACUGCUGUGGCUGCUCCUGUUGUUGCAAAGUGCAGUAGUUAUUCCUUCACUCAAAACUUAAAUUCAGUUUUGUUUGAUCAAAAAAUCAAGUCGAGUCUUUUGCCGCUCACUUUAAACUUCGAACUUGGCUUCAUGGAACAAAAAAUGCCUGUUUCGGAAUAUCCAAAAAGUGAUAUGCUUCCCACGCCGGUUAACAAACUCAUGGAUUAUUCCAAUAUCAGAAUGCCUUCGAUGACAAGGUUCAUUACGGAGUCCGGUAAGCUAGCGAGAUUAGAUAAAUUGCUUGACGAACUUAAGCAAAAUGAUCACCGAGUUUUGGUAUACUUUCAAAUGACUAAGAUGAUGGACUUGAUGGAAGAAUUUCUAACUUUCCGGCAACAUAACUACAUAAGAUUGGACGGCUCUUCGAAAUUGGAAGAUAGAAGAGACUUGGUCCACGACUGGCAAACGAAGCCGGAGAUCUUUGUGUUUUUAUUGUCGACGAGAGCAGGAGGCUUAGGUAUUAACUUGACGGCCGCAGACACGGUGAUUUUCUACGACUCUGAUUGGAACCCCACCAUUGAUUCUCAGGCAAUGGACAGAGCGCAUAGAUUGGGUCAAACAAGACAAGUUACAGUCUACAGACUUUUGACCAAAGGAACGAUUGAGGAAAGAAUGAGGGAUCGUGCCAAGCAGAAAGAACAAGUUCAACAAGUUGUCAUGGAAGGCAAAGCCUCGUUUGCUAAGAAGAAGGAUGACUCCACAAGUAAGAAGAAAGACGUUGCAUAUUUGCUUUUGGGAGGUGGCGAUGAGGUGCCUGAUACGACCAGUACGGGUAGCGUGACACCACGAGAUGAGCCCUUAAACAAUACCCUCGAAGCCAUGUACCAUGAGGGUGAACCGGAUUUUUCUGGUACCAUUACACCCAGUAGUUAG